AUGUCAGGCCGUGGUAAAGGAGGCAAGGGUCUUGGAAAAGGAGGCGCCAAGCGCCAUCGCAAAGUGCUUCGUGAUAACAUUCAAGGAAUCACGAAACCGGCAAUCCGUCGUUUGGCUCGUCGAGGCGGUGUGAAAAGAAUCUCAGGCCUCAUCUACGAAGAGACUCGUGGUGUUCUGAAGGUCUUCCUUGAGAAUGUUAUCCGUGAUGCCGUCACCUAUUGUGAGCACGCAAAGAGGAAAACGGUCACCGCGAUGGAUGUCGUCUACGCACUGAAACGUCAAGGCAGAACGCUGUACGGUUUCGGAGGCUAA